ACUUGCUUCCGACCACCACUUGGCCCGUAAAUCCAGCCCCCAGGCUCCCCAAGUCCCGUACUCUCUCCAAGAUGCCGCGCACUACGGAGACCGCUAGCUUCGCGUUCAACCACACGAUGAUCCGAGUGAGGGAUCCCGAGGCCUCAAUCAAGUUCUAUACGGAGGUCCUCGGCAUGGACUUGAUCUCUAAGCAGCCCCGCGAUGACUUCACACUGUACUUCCUCGCCUUCGACCAUGACGGUGGCAAGCUUACCGCCGAAGAGAAGGCUGCGACCCGUUUCUCGCGCGAGGGCGUCCUCGAACUCACUCACAACCACGGCACCGAGUCCGACCCCGACUUCAAGGGCUACGCGAACGGCAACUCUGAGCCCGGCCGCGGCUUCGGGCACCUCGCGAUCGCGGUCGACGACGUCGAGAAGGCGUGCGCGCGCUUCGAGCAGCUGGGCGUGAACUUCAAGAAGCGGCCCCAGGAUGGGAAGAUGCGGCAUAUUGCGUUUAUUUUGGAUCCGGAUGGCUACUGGAUCGAGAUCGUGCCGAAGCAGUUGCAGCUGUAGGCGAGGAGAGAACAAACAUUCAAGUGUAGCAGUAGCACAGGGUUGUUGACGACGUAACGAAGAUGUAUCAAAGGUUUACUCGCCCUUUUUUCCAACACAGUUAAGUCAGCUUCAAUGAUUGACGCACUCGACGACCGAUCUUGCG